AUGACCCGCUACGUCGGAUGUAUAGAUAUUCACGGCGGAAAAGUCAAGCAAAUAGUGGGCGGAACAUUAAAUCAGGAUGAUACCGAACAGAGCAAGAAUACUUGCAAGUCGAACCUAGAAACGAAUUUCGUGAGCGAAAAAUCUUCAUCAUACUAUGCAAAACUAUACGAGGAGCACGGAAUAACAAGAACACACGUGAUCAAGCUUGGAUCACUGGAAGAAAACAACAAAGUGGCAAUUGAAGCAUUAAAAGCGUGGCCCAAGCAUUUGCAGAUAGGAGGAGGCAUAAAUGACACAAACGCGAGGUACUGGAUACAGCAGGGUGCAGACAAGGUGAUUGUGACGUCGUGGCUCUUCCCAAAAGGGCAAUUCGACAAGUCUCGACUCGAGAGAAUCUCGCAACUGGUCGGCAAAGAGCAUUUGGUGGUCGAUCUCAGCUGUCGGCGCAAUACAGAAGGCCAAUGGGUAGUCGCCAUCAACAAAUGGCAGACUUUGACACAGGUGGUAUUGAGCAGGGAGACUUUUGAGUUAUUCGAGAGGUACUGCUCGGAAUUCCUCGUUCAUGCAGCUGAUGUUGAAGGCCUUUGCAAGGGCAUUGACCAGGAGUUGGUGGCCAAGCUUGCAGAAUGGUGCACUUCACCAAUUGUGUAUGCUGGGGGAGCCAAAUCGAUCGAUGACUUGAAGUUGGUUGAUAAAUUGAGCCACGGAAGGGUUGAUUUGACUUUCGGCAGUGCUCUAGAUCUAUUUGGCGGCAAGCUGGUCCGUUUUGAGGACUGCUGUAGGUGGAAUCAGCAGCUGGAAGGGCCGAGAAUUAACUGA